GCCCUCUCUGUUUCUCUCUCUCUCUCGCCUCCAGCAUUCUCCGCGCUGCUGAUCCGCGGGGUUUCGGUGCGCUCAAACGCGCUCGGCGUUCAGACUCCUAAGCACCCCCGAUGGCCCCCCAUCAGCGACACUGCACUAACCAGACGACCAGCCCCGGCUUGAAGCUCCCUUAGCGAAGGCAGGACCCCGAGAGUCCUCUCCUGGAAUACCGCAUUGUUUAUAAUUUCCAGCCACACAGAAAGAGAGAGAGACGGAGGAGAUGGUGCUGAUGAUGCGCCCGCGAUGGUGGAUUUCCCUUUUGUGCGUCUGUGAAUUGAUGCACGUCGGUCACCAGAGCAGCCCUAACGCCGGAGAUGGAGACGCCUUGUCGAGCUUGAAGGCUCUUCGCGAUGCGGGUAGGUUUGUCGGGAAGGAGGACACGGUGCCUCUCCGCCUGCUCUACAGCAGGCACAACCACAGCCAGAUCACACAGGACGAGCUCAGCACCAGGAUUAAAGCCAGCGCCAGCUCCGACUCCACGCAGGUGAACCAUGUGGCCCAAGCGAGCUUUCAAGUUGACGCUUUUGGUCGGAAGUUCAUUUUGGAUGUGGAACUGAAUCAGUGAGUAUUUCAUUAUUAAAUCUGUCUGUCUUUGUUUGUCUGUGUGUCUGUGCUUCUAUGUCACUGUGCCUGUCUGGGUUUCUACUGGGCGCUCCGCUCACAGUCCAAAGACAGGUUUAGGUUAAUUAGCGAUUCUUAAUUGGGUGCGGAUGUUCUCUCUUUGUUGGUCCAGUUCCAGCACAUCCCUAAGUUGGAGAGGCAAAAAAACAAACAAAACUGGACACAUGGAUGCAUCUUGUGAAAGCAAAGGUUGCCUCAUUUUCCAGGAAAAGACUGUAGUGUGAGCUUGCUUGUUGAAAUAACUGCUUCAGGUGUCAAACUUGUGUUUCUCAGUGCCUCUUGUUCUUGUUUAGCAUGAAUCCCCCCGAGUGCAUGUUGCACAUUAAACUAGUGAUGACUUCAGUGUUAAAUUGAAGUAGGUCACUGUGGUGCUGCAGUGCUGUUUAUUACCUGUUUUAGGGAAUGCACAUAACUGUACCACAGCAGCUGCUCUGUGGAUAAAUGCAUACAGUGUGUGUGUGUUAGCGUGUUUGGAACCGGUCAGUUGUGUGUGUGAUAUAGAGGUUCCAUCAUAAUAGGAAGUGAUUUACAGUAAAGGCUCGAGCACAGCCCUGUCAGACACUAAUAUUGAUCACAGCUGUGCUGAUGGAAAGUAAGCUCCUCUCUCUCUCAGCUCUUCUUCUGUUUCCACAGCUUUCACAUUUUAGUGUCAUCCUCUCUAAACCUUUCCCUGUUCUUGUUUUGCUUUGGCUCCAGUCUGCCACUUUUACAGUCCAUGUUUGUCUCAUUUAUCCCAAAAGCUUGUGAACUUGGCAUGUGCAUACAGUGAAGCUGCCUACUCAUCACAGCGGAAGUCACUCUCUUGCUGAGUAAAAUGUUACAUCAGAGGAAUUCCCAGGUUUAGAGGAUAGCCUGCAACUCCCUGAGUGACAUGUUAGCCUGUUAUGGGUGCAUGCAUACAUCUACACAUGUAUGUUUGUACUGUUUAAUGCAGACUGCUAUCCUUCUCUAUACAGGCAGUGUUAUAAAGGUAACGAAAUAAGUGAAAAGAGAAAAACGCAAUAAUGACACGAACAGGCAGUUUGCAGUUUGAAGGAACAACGGUGACAAACAGGAAGUAAACAUGACACAGUUGGACUCAUGUGCAUCAAGAGUGAUUUCAGCAGGAGUGGAGAGAGAUACGAAAGGUGUCAGAUCCUCCGGUUUAGCGCUAAAGGACUCAACAUCCAGCCUUCUUAUGAUUAGAUUAACAUGGAGUACUAUAAAAAAGUACGCAUAUGGAUAAAUGAAUAUAAAAGAGGGGUGUUUAGGAAGGUUCAGGGCCUCUAGGGCUGAGAGCAACAUUGGAAGAAGGGAGUUCACAUUAUUAGCAGGAUAAAUUAUUUGGAUGCAGCCAGUUAGAGGUAGGCGAGUCUCCUCACCCUCACCUUCAAUCAGGUUCUGCAUUGCCUGUUGGGGUAUGCCCCUUAGAAUCUGAACCUCGGAGAGCAGAUCAAGACUUCCUGUACGGAGAUAACUGGCUGAUCCACACAGAGAGCCGUACAGCUGUGUGCAGCUGUUCCAGAUCUGUUACACCCAAUAAUAGUAAGAGACUGAGAUCAGUACGAUCGAGCAUCACGCUGUCUUUUUUUAUCCUUCGACAGAAAUGAAAUGAUUUUUUAGGGAACAUAUUAGAAUGUAUUAAAAAUAUAAAUUAACUGAUAAUCGGUUAAUUCCUUUAAUCACGUUCGGAAUAAAAACAUUUAACAUUUCCUAUUUGAAUUUCCUGCUUUGUGAAGGUGAACUUUUGCAAACUCUUAGCUGCAAAUGUUUUUAAUUCAUGAUGAUUUUUUAUGAUAACGUUAUUUUAAAAAGAACAGUGAGGACACUUAAUCGAUAAUUGAUUUGUAAAAAUUUUUAAUUCUUGUUGACGAUUAAGAAUUUUAUUUCAAUUGAAUCUUUGAGUUUUUAAGCUGUUGGUGGAACAAGAAAUAAGUUGUUGCUAUGCAUGUUUGCAUCUUUGUCCCAGUGCCAGCUGUCUUCAUUCAUGAAGGAAGAGCUUCAGUUUCCCUCCGUCUCACCUGAGACCUCCUCUUCCAACUCUCGUCUCCCUCCUGUCUACUGUCACUCCUCUGUGAACUGAUCCCCUGCAUGACAGCCACACUGAUUUUGUUUACAGAUAGCUUUCAUCCCAGACAGAAUAAACCCAGUUGAUAUGUGAGUGGGUGCAGGAGUGGGAGCUUUUUUAGCUGAAUGAGCCAACACUGGUUUUUGGCUCCCUGUAACAAAGCCUCGUUCUCUCAGUUUGAUCAAUGAGUGCUGUGCAUUUUUCUGUGUUUAACUGUUGCCAUGAGCAAUCAAGAGUGGUGGGAUUUUUUUUCCCCCAGUUUUCACUGUCGACUGUGUCUCAAGUGCUACAUUACAUGUUAUUAUCAUCGUUUUUCUUUCUGUGCCUGGAGUUAAUGCUUUGCUGAUAGACUGUGAAUAAUAGAGGAGCGUGGGUGUUUUGUUAUAAAAUCAUAUGCCUUAUGCUUUUUAGACACAUGUUGGAUACUAUAUGUAUUUUUUUUAGUCUAGUCCUCUUAAUGUCAGAUGGAAAAAAGCAUGAUUGGAGAUGCCAUGUGAGAUGAGUUGCUCUGUAGGUCACUGUGUCGCUUUUAUCUUUAGUUUAAUGUCCCGACAAAUUCUAGAUUCAUGACAUUUGUGAUCCUCUCCCUUGCUUUUGGUGAUCCCCUGACUUUCUGCCUACAUCCAUCACAUCACUGAUAAAUACCAGAUGAUGUUUUCACCUCAGUUUUAUUACACACACAGUAUACACUGAUCAACCACAACAACAAUAACCUUCAUCUUGUUACAAUACAAUGUUCUUUUGGGUCACACCAACCAUCUAAACAUGAUCAAGUGCUCACCCCACCUCAUAGCAGUGAUGCUCACUGAUGGUAGCAGUCUCAGCCAGCACCUCUGAGAGUGCAAGAUGCAGAGCAGGCUUCAAACUCUCAACAUCCCAGGCGAGAUGUCCAUUUGUGGAAUUGGCCAAAACAAAGACUUAUCCACAGAGACCCCUCCUGGCAACCCUCCAGACCCAAAACGCAACCCACAUCCCGGUGUUACACCCUACAGCAGACCCGUGUCCGUCCUCUGGUGGGCUGUAUUUUUUUGUUUGUUUUGUUUUUAAUGAUAGAGACCAACACUAUAUAAAGUGAGCGAUGUUGUUAUGGCUGAGUGGUAUGUUUUCAGAUCUAUCCUGACGUGCAUUGAUCGUGUUCGUAAUCACGACCAGGAUCCCAUCGUGCACUCUGCAAAAAGGCUUGAAAAUGUGUUUCGUGUCACAGAACCUGGAUCUAGACAUUUUGUUUAGAGAAGAAAUGCCCCUCUCUUCUGUGCUCACAUGAACUAAAUACAUAAUUGUGUGUGCUUUAGUCUUUGAUGCUUUCAUCAGUGACAUGCCGUAUUGACACGAGCCACCCAUCUGAACUGUGGCAGUGUAUAGAGAGGAAGUCAGGAGGGGGGUUGUUGGGUCAUGAGGUCUUUAUACCCUUUCUCGGUCUUUGUCUUCCUCCAGUCCUGCAUCUCAGCAACUGCCUGCAAUUUUCCAUUCAUAGGACAAGAGUAAGCUGAAAAUGUGAAAAGGGUUGGGGGUUGUCUCUCUUUUUUCAAUCAUUCUCAUCUUCCAACACACACACACACAACACACA